GGGCACUGCUCAGCCUGCUGCUAAUAGAGGUACUCUGCUGCGCUCUAGCAACGACUGCAGUCGCCCCCGAUACGGACAGCACUGACCUGACCGAUUAAUGCGCAGACACACCCCCACCCUGUUCACCCACCCAGAACUUGACGGCAACGAGGACGACUCUCCGUCCAGCUGGGGUUUGCAGUAUUCUUCUCCGCCCCUUCAGCAAUCUGGUGGUCUGUCCAGCAGGAACAGGAUAAAGCUCCGUACACGGCCAUCCUAUUCCUCUGCUUCUAGCUCCGGCAGCAACCCCAUUUCCCCGCCUCAGCAUGUUCCGAAGUACUCUGACAUCUAUUCGCAAUUUGUCCGGCGCUACAGAUCGGGAACCGAGGGCGACGACGACCCCCGGAAUGACCCAGACAGCCACUAUCUUCAACGCGGUCUCGGGCAGCUAGUAGAUGGCGGGGAGAGUGACGACGAAGAGCUGGGACGGGGCGGCAUCCUGUCCGGAGACGCUGCCGCCACACUUCUAGACACCGAGCCCAUAGAGCCUGCUACACUAGAGGAAAGAGAACGGUUAGAAUGGCAAACAAUGCUUGCCUCCGUUCUCGCCGGUGACGUCCUCAAAUCGGAGAAGACGCGUAUAGCGGUGGCCUUGGAGUCUUCAGCGGAUGAACAGAGCACGUUGCAUGCAGACAUCUGGCUGGGCAUACGCGCGAAACUGCACGGGCGGACGGAGGAGGAAGAAAGGAGACGACUCGAGGAGCGAAGGCUUCGUAACGUCGACGCGAUCAUUAACGAGAUCAUGACCUUCCGCAUCGUCGACGAAAAUUCAGAUACGGAUCCGCAUACCAACGCACUGAAGCACGUCAAUGCCAUCCUCAACCGCUUGGAUAUGGUUCAAUCUCUAUACCCCAAUCUGAAAGCAUUCUAUUCGGACAAGCCCGCAGCUGCCGAGCCAGCGUUCCAAGCUCGCUGUGAUACCCUCAAUACUUGGUCGACCGUCCUGACGUCUAUUCGUACAUAUGUCAAGCUAUUGCGGCAGUGGACCGGGAGUGAGAAUCUCGAUGUCACGCAGCCAAGGCAUGACAAAGAUGGGGCUGUCGGCGGUCCGUCGCCGCGCAUAACCAAGGAUGGGGAAACGGAAGUCGCGGACGGGACAUCCUUCGUCGAGAGGGUCCUCAAGGAAGACUCUAUCCAACGGACUUUUGAGAAGGAAAUCCUGACCACAGUCCAUUCUCUUAUCGGUACGACCCGAGAUGCGCAAGUAAACCUCGCUCCCAUCUUCAGAGAGAUGAAUCUACCCACUUUUGAGAACGAAUUGCUCCCUCUCAUCUCCUUCCCUACCAAGCUGGUGCAGGCCACGCUACGAUUGCGGCUGUCGUAUAUCCAGAGGCUAAAGGACCCAGAAGUAUUGAUCAUUGACCAAAUGAUUGACGACCUGAAGGUCAGCAUCGGACUAGCUUGUACGCUCAAGAGGCAAUACGAGGCUUUCUUAGCACCCGACCCAGGAGGAAAUUGGAAUUUACCCUCUAGUAUAGACCGGGACUAUGACAACGUAGUUCUGGAAGCGUUAACGUUCUUCUUCAAACUCAUCCACUGGAAGCUCAAGAGUGCUACCAAAGGCAUAUACUUCAAGGAGACUGAUCUUCUUGAAGCACAGUGGGCCACCUUCAAUGAUGUCAGUUUAAGUACCGCCGGGGGUUCAACGCUGGUAGCCGAACAAAUAUGUGCUUUAACCAACAAGCUCAUGGUUCGAGUGACCAACUACUUCGAGAACCAGAUCAAAGUACCGACGCAGAAAGAGAACGGCGCCCCGUCCUGGGACGGGUUGAAUAACUCUACCUCGUCAUCGCAUAAUUCCUACAUCCCGGAGGCUCACAAGACUAUGACCGACGAGCAGAUGAUAUCGUGGUAUAGUAAGAUCCUUGAUAGCGUACGUCUACGAUAUAGGAAAUUGCAACGCUUUGCUCGUGCUCUAACGCAGAGAUUCGGUAACUCCGCCGAGUACAGUCUCGAGAACGUCUCUCUAGAUCACGUCAUCGCUGCUCUAGUGGAAACGGAUCACUUCCUUGUAUACACACAGUCAUUUGAGGAAGACGGGACCUACAUCAUCGCUCACCCCAGCCUGCGUGACCGGCCGGAUGCUAUUCGACGUCUGCUGAUGGAGGCUUUCCACGUCCAGGAGAUUACCUCAGAGGAUGGCGUCGGCAUGUCGAACAGCGGAGACCCUGGUAGCGAUGAGUAUGAAGAGGUCUCUUAUAUUCUCGUGCUCUCGCCGCGAAGUCGAUUCCUGUGGAAUGGCCUCGUUCUCAUGCUGGAGAUGCCAAAGAUUGACCUGGAAAUGAGGGAUAACCGUGUCCGCCUCAUCGCUGAUGGUGCUCAUAGCCGCUUGGCCCUGGCGAAGGAAGAAUUCGCCGAAGUCUUCAUGCCCGUCGAUGAAGAGGGUAUGCCUGUGGAGAGCCCUAUUGGUCCUUUGUCCUGUAUCGUAGAACAGCAAGCUCACCUCCCAGCUGUCAACCGAGAGCUGCGAAAGAUUGCGCGUGCUACCAACCGCCUGGCGGAGUCAAUAGUAGAUUCAGUCCACCACGUUCGUAACGUUCUACGAGGCGUGAAGGGAUGUCAAGACUUGUUGGAAAACUGGUACUCUUUCGCGUCCGAGAAUGGCCAGCAUGCUCAACGUUCUAUGGAUCGGGCGAAUCUGCUCAAAUUCAAUAGGCUACUGAUCAAGCUCGCCAUAUCUUGGGUCUCCUUCAUCUGUGACGAUUGCGACCCCAACGACAGGAAAACUUUCCGAUGGGCUGUUAAUGCUCUAGAGUUCGCUCUUCAUCGCACUCGCCGUAACAACAUCCUACAGCUACCUGAGGACCAGUUCGAGAUGUUACGACAGAAGGUCGCGAGUUGUAUGACCCUUCUCAUCAGUCACUUCGACAUCCUGGGAGCGCGCUCAAGCUUGGCCCAGAAGGAGCGGGAAAGGCAAGAAGAGCUCCUACGUCAACAAGCAUUGGAUGCGACUGCUAAAGGAGAAGAUAUAAUCUCUCGGUCGACUUCCCCUCGUGCUGAUCAUGAGGACGCUGUAGCCUCUAACGUCCCACCUCGGACGUUUAGGGAUCCUAGUGUACGUAUCUUCUGGGAUAAGGCGUCCCGGGCUUUGCAGGAUCUAGAGAGCCGACGGGCCCAAGUCAGCUCAGAACAGCGCGUCGUGGGCCGAGUACUUGAUGAUAGGCCAGAAAACCGUUCUCUCGCUUUCUUGGCGUCGUCCAGCUCUAAUAUCGCCAUACGAUGGCAACAAGGUAGAUUCAUCGGUGCCGGUGCCUUUGGCUCAGUAUACCUGGGAGUCAAUCUUGAUUCUGGAUCUCUCAUGGCCGUCAAGGAAAUCAAGUAUCAAGAAAUUUCUGGGCAACCCAAUCUCUUCUCGCAGAUCAAGGAUGAGCUACAUGUCAUGGAGAUGCUUCAUCACCCCAACAUUGUGGAGUACUACGGGAUAGAAGUGCAUCGAGACAAGGUGUACAUCUUCGAGGAGUACUGCCAAGGCGGUAGCUUAGCUGCGUUACUUGAACAUGGUCGGAUCGAAGAUGAGGGUAUCUUGCAAGUGUACACGAUGCAGAUGCUCGAAGGCCUGGCAUAUCUUCAUUCGCAGGGUAUCGUCCAUCGCGACAUCAAACCAGACAAUAUCCUUCUUGAUCAUCUAGGAGUCAUCAAAUAUGUUGAUUUCGGGGCCGCUAAAGUUCUAGCCCGGAAUCAACGCUCCAUUCAGCGGUCUCGACGGGGUAGUACCGAACCUGCUCCACCAGGACUUGCGAAUGGCAAUAGCUUGACGGGUACCCCUAUGUACAUGUCUCCUGAAAUGAUCAAAAACGACCGACGCGGACGACACGGCGCUAUGGACAUCUGGUCCUUAGGCUGCGUGGUGCUCGAGUGCGCAACCGGACGGAAGCCUUGGAGUAACUUGGACAACGAAUGGGCCAUCAUGUUCCAAAUCGGCGUAGCUACUCAACACCCUCCAUUACCGGAGCCCGGCCAGCUCAGCGAGCUGGGUAUCAACUUUAUCAAGCAAUGUCUGACCAUCGACCCCAUGAAACGACCCACCGCUAAUGAACUCAUGGACCAUCCUUGGAUGCUUGAAUUCCGUGAUGCUCUUCUAAAUUAUGAGGAAGAGGAGUUGGCGACUAGUCCUCCCAGCGAGAUACCUUCUCAAGAGGAGUACGAAGCUGCCUCCGUCGCGCGGCAAGCUGCUAUAAUUCAGGAGAAGGAAGUCGAGGCAAUCACGGCCCUGUCACCGAGUAUGUCUCCCGUCGAGACUCCCGAGUCCGAACGGGAGAAUCCCUCGGGAACUCCUCCUUGUUAAUGAUUUUGUUUAUUAUUGUACAUACACGAAUAUGCUUCUUGAAUUGUUGCAUUUCUACUUCCAGACAUGAUGUAGCCUAGUCUUGCAUUGUUUUGUAUUUCAUCUACCCCG